GUGAACGAGUCGCUGCUGGACGCCGCCGUGGAGCGCGUGCUGCGCGUGCAGCUCAGCCUGGGCCUGCUCAGCGACAUGGCGGAGGACGCGGCCAGGGAGCCCGACGCCCGCGCGCGGAGGGCGGUGGCGAAGGAGGCCGCCGACCAGUCCCUCGUGCUCCUGAAGAACCGGGGCGGCAUCCUGCCGCUGUCCCAGGAGAGCCCGCCCACGGUCGCCGUGGUAG